AUGUGGCCGGGGCCUCUUUGCUCUUGUGUUAGCUCUCAGAAGACAGGCGGGCUUUCAUCAUGCGUAGGAGGAUUUCGAGCAGCUGCAAAGUGCGGGCAAUCCACCAUCUUGUCUGGCCGGCGCCGUGGAGGGUACCACAUGAGAGGAGAGCUGGGCUGUACAACUUUUUUUUUUAUUUUUUAUUAGCCAUGUGUUCAUAAAUGAGCACCUUUUCUCAUGUUAGUUGAAGGAUGGAAAACAGGAAGUUGUGAGCAAUCUUCACAUUGAAUCUCCACGUUGUAACACUGGUGCUACACUUCACCCUCGUGUUGAGCGCAUGUACUACACUAUAAUGCUGCACCCACAUCGUAUUUACUAUGAAUAAUGAGGAACUUCAAGGCCUCCAUUCCAAUAGAGAAGACUCCAGAGGAGUGCAACACUGUAAACUGCCAACCAGAACUUCCUGUUGUGGAAAGCACCUGAAAGUCCACAUUCAUGCAGCGCUGAAAUUACAGCCGUCUCACCUGUGGAUGGAAGGGUUUCAAUUUCCUUGUUCCGCUUUGACUUCAUUGUGUAGAGAAGAGUUUUGGAUAUAAAGUGAGAGGAAAUUGAUUUGAAAUAGCAAAGGGCAGUUGAACAAUAAUGUGUGGAUACUGUUAUAGUAAGGUAAAUUACAGGAAAUAUUUCAAAACAUACAAGGUGGUUUCCAAAUAGACCAUAGUUUGAGACCAUCGUCAUUGUAAUUCAGUAAAAGAUUCAAAUUCAGGAUUUACAAAUAGUAAUAAUAACAAUGUUAAUUACAAAAUACAGGCUAUAUUUAUAUGUAUUUAUUAUGCAAAUAUAAUUAUAUUUAUUUCAUUAAAAAAUGUCAAAAUACACCUGCUAUGGUUAAUAUGAGGUCAUCAUCAUUGUAAUUUGUAAAACAAGGAAUCAAAGUCACAAUCAGCAAUCAUGAUGAUAACAAUGAUAAUAAUAAUAAAAUAUAUGAUUUGUAUCUAAGAGUCACUGAUGGUGUAGUGGUACACUCGCCUGACUUUGGUGCAGGCAGCGUGGGUUCAGUUCCCACUCAGUGACGUUGUGAAUGUGAAUGUGAGUGCAAAUGGUUGUCCAUGUCUAUAUGUGCCCUGUGACUAACUGGCGACCACUUCAGGGUGUAGUCCGCCUUUCACCCGAAGUCAGCUGGGAUAGGCUCCAGUGUCCCGUGACCCUAACUAGGAAAAGCGGUGUUGAAAAUGGAUGGAUGGAUGGAUGGAUUUAUAUCUAUUUAUAAUAAAUAAAGUACUGAUAUUUAAUCAUAUUAAUGCUAUAUUAAUAUAUAUAAUAUUAUUCCACAGCUUUCAGUAUGCAUAAAUUCCAAAGAAAAAAGGGUUAGUAUUGUAAAUCUUGAUGUUUCACCACACACACGGCACGGUGGAUGACUGGUUAGCGCGUCUGCCUCACAGUUCUGAGGACCGGGGUUCAAUCCCCGGCCCCGCCUGUGUGGGGUUUGCAUGUUCUCGCUGUGCCUGCGUGGGAUUUCUCCGGGCACUCCGGUUUCCUCCCACAUCCCAAAGACAUGCAUGCGGUAGACUCUCAUUUCUGUGCCAGUCCUCCGUCUACAUCCUUGCCUCAACAUUCCGAAGCACAUCAUCAUUGCGCAUUUUAAAGCACCAAGAUGCAAGCUAUAAGGUCUCUGAUUAUCCCCAAGUGGUCGUCCGAUGUUCGUCUGAACGGGAAGACGGCUGUCGUAACCGGUGCCAACACAGGAAUAGGCAAAGAGACGGCAAAAGACCUGGCUAUCAGAGGUGCCAGGGUGAUUCUGGCUUGCAGGGACAUGGCGAAGGGAGAGCAGGCGGUCCGAGACAUCAUGAGGGAGGUGCCAUGCGCCAAAGUCGUCGCCAGGCAUUUGGAUCUGGCCCAGACCAAAUCCAUCUGCCAGUUUGCCGAGAAUAUCUACAACACUGAGAAGUCUCUGCACUACCUGAUCAACAACGCGGGCGUGGCUCUUUGCGCUUACUCCACCACUGUGGACGGAUUUGAGACGCAGUUUGGAGUCAAUCACUUGGGUCAUUUUUUCCUUACCUUCCUGCUGCUGGACUUGCUCAAGCAUUCUGCCCCUUCCCGGGUCAUCACCCUUUCCUCGAGCGCUCACACCAUGGGCAGGAUCCAAUUUGAUGACCUGGGCGGUGAAAACAACUACCACCCUGUGCAGGCUUACGCACAGAGCAAGUUGGCUAACAUUCUGUUUACCAGAGAGCUGGCCAAGAGGACCGAGGCAUUAGGAGUGAUGGCUUACUCAGUGGACCCCGGCGCCGUCAACACCGAGAUAACCAGGCACAUCAGGAGGCCUAUGGCGGACGUCAUCCGAACGUUUUCCUCUCUGCUCAAGACGUCAGCAGAGGGGGCCUACACCACCAUCUACUGCGUGGUGACUCCUGAGAGCGAGCUGCUCAACGGGGAGCACUACAAGGACUGCGCCUAUUCGAAGGGUUGCAGGGCGGGUCGAGACGACGGCACCGCUUUAAAGCUGUGGGCUGUCAGCUGCCACCUGCUCGGCAUCCGCUGGAGAUGAACACCGACGGCGACAUGUUUCAUAUCACGCUGAGGUUACAGUGCUGAGAGCAGGAAGGCCUGUGGCGGAUAAUUGAGGACGCAUGCAAAGAAGAUAAGAGCAGAACGGUGACAAAGGUUGUCGUUGUACGUGACUCCAAAGAUUAAAAGAUACUACUGAU